CUCCACGGCCAUCAAUUGUAUGCAGAACUUAAAGAUUGGCGUAUUCUCGUAGGUUUUACGCUCAUCAGGAACAAGGUCAAUCAACAUCUUCAAUUCUUGAUAACCAAAAUGCUCUCCCGCUGAAUCCGGGUAUCCAGGUCACCUGAUCAUAUGGAACCACUAUUUUCUCACAAAUCGCUUGAAGAUAUUCUAUUGAACGGAUCAUCGUGUUGUUAUCACGUUGCCCUUUGAAAGCGAUAUCUACACCUGCCGGAUAUGGCCGGAGGUUGGGCUAGCCAGUGGGGCGGGUGUUUCACUUAUGACAACUAUAGAAAGAUGAAGAGCGUAGAGCAUUUCCUAAAGCCAUUUAACGCUUUUCCUCUCUUAUCCUCCUAGGCUGGUUUUGCCUUUGCCCACGCACCAUUUCUUGAUUUCUGCAUAGCAACGCACCAUGGCGUCCUCUCUCACUGAGAAGGUGUUCAUCGUUACCGGAAGCGCCUCUGGCAUGGGUUUAGCCACUGCCAAAAUACUACUCUCACGCGGAGCUUCACUGGGUCUUUGCGAUUUGAACGGAUCUAGCCUAGAAAAGGUCGUGCAUAACCUCGAAUCCGACCAGAAGAAGAGGGUUCUCGCCGAACCAAUUGACAUUGCAGAUCGAUCCGCAGUAGCCAGUUUCAUUCAGACAACAAAGAAACAUUUCGGGAGGCUGGAUGGAGUUGCAAAUAUCGCCGGCGUCGCAGGCCACAAGCUAGGAAACGAAACGGUUUGGGAGACGACGGACGAGGAGUUCGAACACAUUAUAGGUGUGAAUGUCAAAGGCCUCUUCCAUGUCUUAGGGGAGUCCUUGAAUCCUGGCGUUUUGGAAGAGUUUGGUAGUGUUGUCCACAUAUCAAGUAUGUUCUCGAUGCGCGGAUAUCCCAAAGGUGCGGUGUUCAGCGCUAGCAAGCAUGCUGCAAUUGGGAUGGUGAAGAGUGCGGCGAUCGAGGCGGGAGAGCGAAAUAUCAGGGUGAACGCAGUAAUGCCGUGAGUAUAAUACAUCCUUCAUCUGGCGGCAUGCGCUGACCGUUCCUUCAGCGGCGCAAUCGACACACCGAUGCUGCGUAUUCUUCAAGACAGUGGUGCCGAUGAUCCUGCUCCAAAUACGCCAAUUUCGCGCCUUGGAAAGCCAGAAGAAGUUGCGGAGGUCGUUGCGUUUCUCUUGAGUGAUGCGAGCAGUUUUGUCAGCGGAGCUUCCUGGGGCGUUGAUGGAGGUGCGAACGCUUAAUGCAAAAGAAUCCUUGUUCUGGCCUAUCUGAGAAGACAAAUGGUCUUCCAUGUCGUCAUACGCUACAAAAAAUAAAGAAUUCUGGAUUAACAUUACUACUACGUUGCCUCUACGACGAUUGGCGCUAUCGACGUGAGCAAGGACAGUUAAUAUACCUAUCUCCAAUGUCAUACCAGUCUAUCCUCGAGCCGCUUCCUGCUUAAACAAGAGGUGCGCCGAGGAGGAACGAGGC